AUGAAGCGCUCCUAUGACGAACUCAUGGCCGGCGAUGUCGGCAGCCCUGAAGAGGCGUCCGAGGGUAGCGAUGCUGCUGAUAUGGUCCCACCUUACGACGCGAAAUCGGAGGCUAUGCCACAAUCUCCUGUUUUUACACCAGAAUACGAGAAGCUCAUGAAAAAUGUCUCCGGCCUCAUCAAACUGCUUGAAGGACCAAUCCAAGACAGCAGCUACCGUGAUGGAGUCAUUGACGGACUGCUCGAGGAAAUCAAGCGACGAACCACCUCCAAUUUUCCAGAAGAAGGCGAUGCUGGAAGCAGCUGUACCUGGGUAGUGCAAGAAUUCGGCUACCUUUUCCCGAACCAAACGCAGCCUUUCGCUGCUGAAGUCUACUUCUUCUCUCCGGAGGAGCGCCAUGCCAUUAUCCGCGCUCACGUUGCGGAAUUCUACAAUGCCAACGCCAAAGACGAUGGCGAGGGUCCAAAGGACAGCGAGCGCACGGUUGAGGAUUUUGCGGUGAAGCGCACUGUAAUCACGGCAUUCCGAGCACUUUUCAACAGUCGAGAGGAGUUCGCAACAUAUGCUGCCGCCGACCAAUUCCUCUCUGCUGCUACGCGCGAGGAUGACGAGUAUAUCGUCGACACGCUCUGCGACUGGUCUGAUGACAUCGUGAAUUCCGGACUUGGAAAGGAGACUUUCCUCUCGCAAGAAGCAGCAACCCCUCAGAAUUUGCUCUGGCAGCUCGCACCGUACAUGUACACGGUCGAAGAGAGAGAUGGUGACAUGAUCACUUCCCUUUGGCCUUUCGUGAGCAAGAUCAAAUUCGGCUUGAAUAUUCCAUUGCUCAAACACAAUAUUACGCUGGUCGACCUGCCUGGACUCUCGGAUGCCAACAAAACCCGCGUGGCAAACGCUACUUUUCAUCUGCGUCAAUGCACUCACUAUAUGGUGGUUGCAGAAAUCGGCCGUGCCGACGAUGAUAAAUUCAUCAGAGACAGCCUCACGAAAGGAUUCAUGACACGAGGUUCGGCGAGGACCAUUCUUACUCUUACCCACGCCGACAGCAUCGAUGACGAAACCGAAGUGCAAGGCUCGAAGAAGGACUAUGCAGCAAUGGAAAAGAUCCUAAAUCAGAUCAAGACGCUGGAAAAGCAGAAGAGUGACGUGUCCAGCAAGAUCAAGGGCUCCAAGGGCUUUCAGAAAUACGAACUCAUGGAGCUGAAAGACGGGAUUGCAAGCCAAAUUCGCGACAAUAUGCUCAAGCACCGAGAAAUCCGCAUCCAGAUGCGAAGCAAAAUGGUCGUCCGUCAGAUGCAAGGUCUGUACGCCGAGCUCACGCCAGAUCCUGCGGUGCUCCCUGUAUUUUGUGUUGGUAAUGCGGCGUACAAGAAAUCCCAGGCAGGAUAUGCCACCGAUGACCCGAAUCCUCCAGCUUUGAGUGUCGAAGGCACGAAUAUCCCGGCUUUACGACGACAUCUUUUCCUUGCGCCCGCUGAGGCAAAGCUCAACGAAGCUCGGCAUACGAUCUCGACUCAACUUCCCAGUCUGCUCAGCUGCUUUAAGCUGUACAUAUCCAAGACGCAUAUGGCGAGAAAGGAUGAAGUUGAGAGGAUCAUCGUGGGGCCACAGAAGCUAAGUGGGUUGGCCAUUGAGGAAAUCUGGCAGGACUUGCACGAUCAGGUCGAGAUGGACAUCAUCAGUCCCAUGCGGGAUUUUGAGUUCGAGUGGACUGACGAGGCGCUGAUUCUCGUUAGGCAAUGGGCAAAGACCUGGGGUACCAGUCAGCAUCUGGCAAUCAUGAAGAAAGAAGGCUUCCGGAAAGGCAAGGGCAAGCAAGGCGUGAACACUUCCUGGAACGGAGAGCUCGUCAGCAUCAAAUGUGCCGAAGCCAGACAUUUCUUCCAGGAAUUCCUGAUGAAUGUCAACAACGUCCCCAAGAACGUCACGAAGGCUAUUCACAAGUUGUUGAGCAGAAUCAUCUACGAUAUCAAGACAGAUCCCCAAGUCACCCUCAUGGCGCUGCAGCCAUACCUCGACUACCUCUUCGUAGAGAAGGGAAACGUCCAGAGAUUCGUGGAACAUGCAAACAAGGAAAUGCGCAAGGAACUCGGCAAUAUUCUCGCAGCAGUCAGCUCUGAGAAUACGGACAACCCGAUUGUCCAAGCCAUGAAGCCCAUAUACGAGCAUUGCCAAAAGAUCAAGGGCAAAUCGGGCACACCGACAGACCGACUCAAGUCAUUCGAGCGCGAAGUGACGAAGAUCGGUCACGGCGUCUGGAUGAAAUCCGUGGAGCUCUUGAAGAGACAGCUCGAGGAGCUCCUGCAGAAGCAUUCCGACGCGCUCACCCAUCACACUCAGGACUUCUUCUGCACUCUUCAGAAGAAGUUCCACAUGAUGUGCUCGAGCAAGGAGACGGAGGAACCUGAAGAGAUUGAGCUUCGCGAGCAGCUGGAAAAGGCUCUGAAGGUGGCGAAGGAGAUGCUGGAGGAGGAGAUUCAGCCUGCUGCUCAGGCUUGCUUGGGAUCUACUGGCUGA